UUCGACUCAAUUCAUAUGUCCCUGCAGCGCAAAAUCUCAGAGCGCACAGCUAAUCAAAGACUGGUCCACUGCGAACGCAAAAAAUAUUCAUUUUUGGGCACUCUAGAAAUAAAGAAAUAAUCGAAAUGGGUGAACGCCUAGCCUACACCCACGAUCAUUCUAUUUCCAUUAUUUUCUUUCUUUGAGUAGAAGGGUUUUGUUUUUCUCCGCUGCAGUUUUUGCAUUGGAUGGCAUGCUUUAUCAAGAAAAGCGUAGUACUUCUCUUCAAGAUAAAAUAGACAUAGCCCUCUGCAGGUGAGCAUUAGGGAGCUCACUAUAGAAUUUCGCGUUUCAUUUCUUCAUUAAGUGAUUAGCGUUACUUGAAACUUGAGUUUACAUUUUUUGCAUUGAGCUAAUCGGACACAAAGAGCAGAGGACGGAGAACAACGCUGCUGGAGUCGAGAAUCAUCAUAGAGGACCUCUUGCGCAAGCCCCCACGAAAAAUGUCAUCUCAAACCAGAGUCAAGAAGGACAAGGAGAUCAUAGGAGAAUAUGAAACGCAAGUCAAAGAGAUCCGUAACCAGCUGGUGGAGCAAUUCAAAUGCCUGGAGCAGCAGUCCGAGUCUCGUAUCCAGCUGCUGCAGGACCUGCAGGACUUCUUCCGCCGCAAGGCUGAGAUCCAGCUGGAGUACUCCCGCAGCCUGGAGAAACUGGCCGAGCGCUUCUCCAACAAGAUCCGCAGCUCCAGAGAGCACCACCAGUUCAAGAAAGACCAGCACCUGCUGUCCAGUGUGAACUGCUGGUACCUGGUACUGAACCAGACCAGGAGGGAAAGCAGGGACCACGCCACCCUCAACGACAUCUACACCAACAAUGUCAUCGUCCGCCUCGCUCAGAUCAGCGAGGACGUCAUCCGCCUCUUCAAGAAGAGCAAGGACAUUGGGAUUCAGAUGCACGAGGAGCUGGUAAAAGUGACAAACGAACUCUACACUGUUAUGAAGACCUACCACAUGUACCACACGGAGAGUAUCAGCGCCGAGAGCAAGCUGAAGGAUGCUGAGAAGCAGGAGGAGAAGCAGUUCAGUAAGUCUGGAGACCUCAAUGUCAACCUGCUGCGCCACGAGGACCGGCCCCAGAGACGCAGCUCCGUCAGGAAGAUCGAGAAGAUGAAGGAGAAGAGACAAGCCAAGUACUCAGAGAACAAGCUGAAGUGCACUAAAGCCCGCAAUGACUAUUUGUUGAACCUGGCAGCAACGAAUGCCGUUGUGGCGAAAUACUACAUUCACGAUGUCUCUGAUAUGAUUGAUUGCUGUGACCUGGGCUACCACGCCAGCCUUGCGCGUACCUUCAGGACCUACCUGUCAGCUGAGUACAACCUGGAGACAAGUCGCCACGAGGGCCUGGACAUCAUGGAGAACGCCGUGGACAACCUGGACUCCCGCAGCGACAAGCACAAGAUCAUGGACAUGCACAACCAGGUGUUCUGCCCUCCCAUGUGCUUCGAGUACCUGCCCCACAUGGGGGACGAGGUGUGCCAGGUGAGUGCCCAGCAGCCUGUGCAGACUGAGCUCCUGAUGCGCUACCACCAGCUGCAGUCCCGUCUGGCCACGCUCAAGAUCGAGAACGAAGAGGUGAGGAAGACUCUGGACGCCACCAUGCAGAUGCUCCAGGACAUGCUGACUGUGGAGGACUUUGAUGUGUCUGAUGCCUUCCAGCAUAGCCGCUCCACUGAGUCCAUCAAGUCUGUGGCCUCUGAGACCUACAUGAGCAAACUGAACGUGGCCAAGAGACGGGCCAACCAGCAGGAGACAGAGGUCUUCUACUUCACUAAGUUCAAGGAGUUCCUGAACGGCAGCAAUCUCAUCAUUAAACUGCAGGCCAAGCAUGACCUCCUGAAGCAGACAUUGGGAGAAGGAGGAAGGGCUGAAUGUGGCACUACGAGGCCCCCCACUCUCCCCCCUAAACCACAGAAAAUGCGGAAGCCUAGGCCGCGCUCAGUCUAUAACCAUAAGCUGUUUAACGGCAAUAUGGAGACAUUCAUCAAGGACUCAGGUCAACCUAUUCCUCUUGUGGUGGAGAGCUGUAUUCGACACAUCAAUUUGUAUGGGCUCCAGCAGCAGGGCAUAUUCCGCGUGCCUGGAUCCCAGGUGGAGGUCAAUGAUAUUAAAAACUCAUUUGAGAGAGGUGAAGACCCAUUGAUUGAUGACCAGAAUGAACAUGACAUCAACUCAGUGGCAGGGGUCCUCAAGCUGUACUUCAGGGGCCUGGAGAACCCUCUGUUCCCCAAGGAACGCUUCCUGGACCUCAUGUCUACUAUCAAACUGGAGUCUGGAGCUGAGAGAGCUCAUCACGUCCAGCAGAUUAUUGUGACUCUUCCUCGCACCGUUAUCAUCGUCAUGAGAUACCUGUUCGCUUUCCUCAAUCACCUGUCCCAGUACAGUGAUGAGAACAUGAUGGAUCCCUAUAACCUGGCCAUCUGCUUUGGCCCCACCCUGAUGCCCAUCCCUGACGGACAGGACCCUGUAGCCAUCCAGGCACACGUCAAUGAGGUCAUAAAGACCAUCAUCAUCCACAACGAGGUCAUCUUCCCCAGCCACCGCGAGCUGGAUGGGCCGGUCUAUGAGAAGUGCAUGACUGGAGGAGAGGAGUACUGUGACAGCCCCCACAGUGAGCCAGGCACCAUCGAUGAGGCUGACAAUGGGACUGAGCCACACACCAGUGAAGACGAGGUGGAGCAGAUUGAGGCCAUAGCUAAGUUUGACUAUGUGGGGCGCACCCCCCGGGAGCUGUCCUUUAAGAAGGGGGCGUCGCUGCUGCUGUACCACCGCGCCUCUGAGGACUGGUGGGAGGGCCGACACAAUGGCGUGGACGGACUGAUCCCACAUCAGUACAUAGUGGUGCAGGACCUGGAUGAUGCGUUCUCGGAUAAUCUCAGUCAGAAGGCGGACAGCGAGGCGAGCAGUGGACCACUGCUGGAUGACAAGGCCUCAUUCAAAAACGACGUCCCAUCACCGUGUGAACACUCCCCCGACUCCAACUUUGGAGGAGUCAUGGGGAGGGUGCGGCUACCUUCUGACGGGGCCGCCACCCCGCGACGCCACAGUGGAGAGACCCACAGCCCUCCUCGGGGCACUGACACACCCCCGCGGGCCGCAGCCUGUCCCAGCAGCCCCCACAAGGUGGCAGUUAGCAGGAGCCGCAUGGAAAGCCCAGAGAAGAGGCGCCUGGGAACAUUUGGCAGCGCGGGCAGCAUCAACUACGCUGACAGGAAAGCCUACCCUGAGGGCCACCCCCUGAGGCCCGUAGCAGGGGCCACACGCCACAGUAGCCUGGGGGACCACAAGUCACUGGGGGCUGAGACACUGGCAGAGGACAUAGAGAAGACCAUGACCACGGCCCUACAUGAGCUGCGUGAACUGGAGCGCCAGAACACGGCCAAGCAGGCUCCAGACGUGGUGCUGGACACCCUGGACACCACCAUGAAGAACCCUGUGAACUCAGAGCCUGGCAGCCCCCUCCACACCAUCAUGAUCCGCGACCCAGACGCCGCCAUGCGCCGCAGCAGCAGUUCCACCUCUGAGAUGAUGAGCACCUUUAAGCCCACCCUGUCAGCCCGUUUGGCCGGAGCCCAGCUGCGCCCCCCGCCGAUGAGGCCCGUCCGCCCGCCCCCCACCGGGCACCGCUCCUCCAGCUCCAGUUCCUCUGGGGUGGGAAGCCCUGCUGUCACGCCCACCGAGAAGAUCUUCCCCACCAGCACUGCCACGGCUAGCUCUGCAGCCAAUGCAGCUAAUGCAGCCGGGGACAAGUCCUGCACCAUGUAGCUCUGAGGGAGAAUUAGGGUUGUCAUGUUGCAACUGUUUGACACAGAAGAAAGCCGAUAGGAAUGGGAUGAUGCGUUGUCGAUGUGUUCUCUGAGAACAGUUUGGGAUUUUUCCUUCCUCAUUUUGAGUUUGACUUUAUUUCUUGAAUUCAGGAAGCUCCUGGAGUGAGCCUGAGUUGCCAUGGUGACGGCAGGCAGAGAAGCUGUAGGGAUUUGCCUAUCAACACAACUCUCUGUGAAGCUUGAUUUAAAACCAGACGUGAAAAUAAUGAAUAAAAUGACCUCUAAGUAAAAAAAAAAUUUUUUUUUUUUUUUACCUCAAAAUUAAAAGUAUGUGGCCAGGUCCGGCUUUAUAGUGAUUAAUUGACUGCAAAACGUGAAGAAGUACUUGUGGGAUUUUGGCAUUGGUUUUCAUCCUGCACUGGUUGUCCAGAUGAUGUCUCAUCCCUUGCUGACAGAUUGGACACUCACCAGUAAGGUGUCUCAUCCCUUGCUGGCAGAUUGGACACUCACCAGUAAGGUGUCUCAUCCCUUUCUCUCUGGAUUGGACACUCACCAGUAAGGUGUCUCAUCCCUUUCUCUCUGGAUUGGACCAGGUCUACCAGCCUGUGUCUAAGAGACUGCAACCAAGAUGGUCACCGGCCUUUUGGCUGUAAAUAGAGACUUACUUGAAGUUGUUAUGCCUUUUUGUUUGUACUGUAGUAUAAGGGAUGUUCAACAAAGUAACACCAUAGCAACAUUGUAUACGUAUAUAUGAGAUGCAGAAACUGAACCAAUAUACCAAUUCAAUGUAAGAAACCUAACCUGUGGUAAACAUGUAGUUGAACUUGUAUAUAGUUUAUGUAUUUUAUUUUUUAAUGGUAUAGAUUUUGUACAGGCCCAGACGGAACAAGCAAGGAGAUGUGAAUAGCUUUGUCAAAAAACACACAAGAGUCAACCUGCAAACAAAGACAACACAUCAAAAGGUUCUGCUUCCUUUGUGUUGUUUUCCUAAUCUUCUGCUUGAACACACGUACUAAACACAGCACUGAUGGUUGUGUUAAGAAUAUGUGGUCAUGGGGAUGUCAACAUCAUACCACACAUUGUAUUUAUGAGUUAAAAUUCCAACACUCAAAUGGAUCCUGACGUUCUCUCUAUUAUUCAUAUUUAAGACAGGAAAAGGAGUGUAUUAUACCAUUAUUUUGCCACAGUAAGGUUUGAACCCACUUUUAUUUUGUAAUACUGUGAGAAUACUGUUGACCAUGGCCCCUUACCCCAUAGUCCCUCAUUGUUCCAACAGCUCUAGAAGUCUACACGGUAACCUGUGUGAAGUCAGUCCACAACCAGACUGACUGAUUUUGGUUACCAGGCUGAUGUUGGGUGUUCUAGUGGCCGGUCCUGAGCACUGUUUGGACUGAGCCUAACGCUUCUCUAAGUUGGAUGAGAGCUAACUGACUCGGUCCAAAUCUGUCAGCCUCCAUUCACUACAGUCCAACAGGCUUCCCCUGUGAGCCCUGUGUGGCAUGGAUGGUGGAGAUACCCAUAUUAAAAUAGGAACUCUACCCAUCUGACCCAAAUACCCAUACAACUUUGUGCCCAUGAAAGCUCUUUAGACACACAUUUUUACAUUCACAUUUUAGCAGACUUUCUUAUCCAGAGCAUCUUACAGGAGUAAUUAGGGUUAAGUGCCUUGCUCAAGGGCACAUCAACAGAUUUUUAAACUAGUCGGCUCGGAAUUUGAUCCAGUGACCUUUCGGUUACUGGUCCGACGCUCUUAACCGCUAGGCUACCGGCCGCCCAAAUCAGAUUUCAUACUGUACACUUUGCCAUCUUUAAAGCAACCUCUUGCCUGUUCGAGUCUGAUUUAUGUCAUGCUUUUAACAUGCAAAAUAUGCUGGAUAUACUGUUACAAUAUUCCUUUUAAUCUGAAAUGUGAUACCUUACCUAGAUAACUCCAUUGUUGCUUGAGCAGUUAGUGGUAAAUGUGGUGAAAUAAUAACAGCAGCACAGUGGUCUUACCUUCCUUACCUCUUCUCCCCUUGGAUAUAACAUCCUCACUGUCAGGACCCAGUGUCUCAUUCCACUUCUUGUUUUCAGUCCUUCAGCAAGGAAAUGUAAGCACGUACUGGCCUAUACUGUAGCUGCCAUGUUGAAUUAUAUCCUGUGCUGGCCCAAGCCCGCUCCUGCCACUCUGCUCAGUCAUACAGUUGUGUGGUUGGACUGCCUUGUAUGCCCUGCUCUGCAUGUUUUAUGCUGUACCAUUCGACUCAUACAAUAUGACAAUUCAACAAUGGCUGUUUGCGGUGUCUUUCCUCUGUAAAACACCAUUGACUUAUAGCGUAGUCAUUUUGCUUUCGAGGGGUGGGCUACUAUAUCCUAUUAGUCUAACCUUUUUGGAAUAUGAGAAUACCUGUUGUCACUAACAUGUAGCAGUAUUGUGUGGGCAAUGGAAUUGAAUUGUCAGCUAAGGUAGAUUUAAAAAAAUCUGAUUUAGCAGCAUGAAUCUCAGGCUGUGAUUCCAUUAUCAAUCAAAUCAACAUCAUUCAGUCACUGUUGUAAUGUGUACAGAUCUUGAUUUCAUACACCGUUUACUAUAAGAUACAUACUUUCAUUUGAAAAACGUGUCAUCCCUGUCUGUAGUUUGUCAACCCUGCCCUCCUCUGUCCAUUACACUGUCUACCGCUGGUUAGAUUCUAGCCUACAUGCUGGACAUACAGAGACAUGGAAAGCAACCGAAGUUAUACACUUACUCCAUCUGCUGGUCAUAUAUGGUAUUGCUUCAAGUACAAGUACCCUGUGGAUAAUGGUCUGGUAUGGGUGAACUCAGAUGGACAGACCUUUCCAACAGGAGAAUAAUGGGCAAAGAAUUAGAUGAUGAAAACAAAUGCAUUUCAAAUCAUUCUGUGUAUUUUAUUAAAAAUAAAUAAGUCAUACAGUUUUAAUAAGAAAAUCAAUGAGAACAUUAAACUAGGACGGUGCUCUUUGUCGAGAGGAGCUGUCACCAACAACUAAAUCAUGUUUUAUUUCCUACAAGAACUACAUAACAUUUUUCUGAACCACAUUUCUCAUCAGUAAAACUGAAGCGUACAUUCAAGUACAUUUUUCUCAAACAUACAUAAGCUAUAUUUUCAAAGAUAAAGCAAACCACAGACUUGAAAUGUUUAUUUGCAAAAGUAAGAUUAACAUCUUUAUGUACAACUAGACUGUGUUCACAUUUAAAUGAGUUUUUAAAAUGUGUAUUUUGUUUAUUUAUACCUUUUGUCUUAAAUUAGUAUUUUUAAAGUGCCUUUUGUGCACAUCAUUCGUUUUUAAUGAACUUGUUCAAUUACUUUUCUAAACAAUAUGGUAUGUUGUCAGUCAUGUUUGGUCAGUGUUACAACAUCACACACAUCAUUUCAUCUGAGGAAUAUGUGAAAACAAGAAUGAUGUAAAUAUGUACUGUACACUUUGCUGUAGAGGAAUUGCUACUCUUCAGAUGUCUACUAACAGAAUGACUGAAAUGUAGUAUUUACUUGUAGAAUGUAUUACCUAAUAUGCUCUAGGUGAUUCAUGGAAGGGUAAUAGAUUUAUGAAGAAGCCUACUGUACACUCAACAAUAAUUUCAUAUUUUAUUUCAGUUUUCUCUCUUAUACUGACCAUCCUCCUUCAUAGCUAACACAUCAUUGCGUUGUUGUAGGCAACAGUGGGUCAAUAUAUCCUAGCUCCUCUACUUGCACGGUUUAUAAGACACUUGGUGCACUCUCUUUCCUCUCUAAGCUCUAUGUGAUUUCUGGAAUGUAUGCUAAAAAUAGGUAAUGUCUUUUGUAUGUUGGAUAAGAUAACAAUGCUUACAAAGUGGCAUUUAGAGACCAGCUGAGUGGCUGAGUGCCUAUAUUGGUUAGUGUGAGUUGUUGUCAUACUGUUUACCCUCUUUUCUCUCUCUCUCUCUUUAACACGUGUCUAGUGAUGCUGUCUGUUCAUGAGUGUCUGAUUGGUUGAAUCCCUUGUGAUGUAAUGGAUGUUGAGAACCCUUAUGUCCAAAUAAAAACAAAUGUUUCCCUCUAA